AUGAAACAAGCUUUCGAAAGCCUUCCUGAUGCCAUCGGGCCUGAAAGCACCAAGUUCUUCCUAGAUGACUACAUUCUCUACAAAGAAUCUGUUCGUGAAGAACUAGAAACUGAUCCGGAUGCGGACUCACUUGAAUCAUUUUUGAGCUGGAUGGAGUACUCAUUUUGGAAAGGAUUUUUGAAGUUGGGAAAUUCCACCGAUGGUCCAACAGCUGAGAAGUUUAUGUUCUUCACCGGGUAUCAUGGUCACCAGCUAAUAUCAUGGACCGAAAAAGGACAUCUUUUAAAAUCACUACGAGAUCAAGUUGAUCGUUUUGGAAAGCAAUUCAACGCUACAGUGUUUUCCGACGAUGCAUUCUAUAUCGAUCUUCUUGAGGCGAUUCCAACAAUAACAUGGCAAUCGGGCUUGGCAACCUUUACCUGUGUUAUUUUCGUCUGUGCUAUGUUUAUCAACCAAUUUGCGACAGUUGUCUUCGUGUCGUCGGCAAUUCUAGCCACAUGUAUC